CGCGCUGUUGACAUGUUGUUGUCUCUUUAAGACUUCUAAGGUAUAAAAGUACUUAGAAAUGAAUAUCAAUUCCUCAGUCAUUAGUGCCAUUUUAAAGUGUAAGGAUGAACAUGAAAAUUAUAGUGCUGCUGUCGCUGCUAUUUGGAUCAUCAUUAGGACAGUCUAUUACCUGUGACUAUAAAGAUUCGAUCAGAGAUGGUGUAAGCCAUUACGCUUGCUAUUUAGAUAUUCAAAAUCCAUCUGGAUUUGAUGGAUUCACAACAAUAAAUGGAACACACUUGCCAGGCAGGAAUAAUGCAAAUGUUACAUUGCUUUAUGCACAAGCUCAAUCGAGAACUGUAAUUUUUCCAAGAAUCACGUGCUCACAAUUCCCAAAUCUAAUUCAUAUUGAUUUUGAAAGGAAGGGAAUCGUAACUCUUAACCAGAACAGCUUUGUUGGAUGCAUAAAUGUUCAAAUUGCUUGGCUUGCUGGCAAUGAAAUUGAAACAGUUCAUAUUGGAGCUUUUACUAACAUGACUAGAUUGAUGUUGCUUGAUCUCAGUGCAAAUCGACUCCCAACUUUACCAGAAAAUGUGUUUAGUGGUUUAGUGAAUUUACAAGAUUUAAACUUAUCCCUCAAUCCAACAAUUACAAUCCCAAAUGGAGUUUUUGGAGGACUUGGGAACUUGAGAGUUUUGAAUAUGAUGUCAAUGAGAAUACAUACAUUGGUUCCAAAUUGGUUUGCUCCACUACUCAACCUACAGAUCUUGACACUUUAUGGAAACAACAUCACAUCAUUUCCGGAAGCUGCUUUUUCCAGCAACAGAAACCUUCGUUCGCUUGAAAUCAGCAGAAAUCCAAUUGGUGAUAAUUUGCCAGGAGGAAUAUUCCGAAACUUGACAAGCCUUGAACAGCUCUACAUGGUUGGAAUCAGAAUUACAACAAUCAACACUGCUUGGUUUGCGACUUUAACAAAUUUGGAGCAGCUUUAUAUUCAAGAAAAUUUGUUCAUUUCCAUUCCUGAAAGAAGCUUUGAUCACUUGAUAAGCCUUUUGGUUCUUGACAUUGGUAAAAAUCACCUUCCAGACACAGCAAUUCCAGCUAAUUUAUUCGAUAAUAUGCGAAAUCUUAUGGUUAUUAUUGCUGACUACAACCUUAUCCAAACGAUUAAUCCACGGUGGUUCCGGAAUAUUACAAAUGUCUCAUCUUUAGAUUUUAAUUACAAUCAGAUCAAUGAUCUUCCAGCUGGAACUUUUACAUCAAUUGCAUCACUCCGUGAAAUUGACUUAUGGGGAAACAACAUUAAGACUAUAAGUCGUGAGGCUUUUGGAUUUAUUGGGAAUUUAACUUAUGCUGAUUUUGAGCAAAAUGUCAUUAAUGCAAUCGAUGAAAGAUUUUUGAGGGAAGCAUCACCUUUAGAAUUUCUGUUCUUGUGGGGAAAUUUGUGUAGUGGGGAAAGAUUUUACUCAUUUGGAGCUAACCUUGAGGCUUUCUUGCCUAGACUUGCAGUUUGCACUAACAACUUUAGAUGGAUUACUGAGACAACAACUGUCAGCGGAGAACCUUACAGAUUUUUCGAAGCACCAAGUCCUGGCAUUCAACUUCGUGUCAAUACAGAUGCAGAAGUUCACAUUUCAUUGACAUCAUUUGACUUCCUAUGGAAUCCAUCAGUUGAAAUCAUUAUUGGAACUAGAAACAAUACAUUAUCAUCAAUUAUUAGGAAUCAAGACACUCAAAUUGCUGUUGCUCAUAGUCCCAACAUUAUAAGAACUGGUCAAUUUACUGGAUUUAGGAUUACAUGGGCUAAUCAUGCAAUUGUUGUGACUAGAGAGGGUCAAUCGUUUCCAUUUUUGGUUUACAAUCUUGAAUGUAUCUUCCGUGUUGGAUUUUAUGGAUUGAGAUCACCUGAAAGCAACGCAAUUUGGAGUAUUCAACCAGUGGAAGCUGAAAUUAUGCCAACAGGCGUCUAAAUUUGAAGUUAUCUUGUAUUAAUUUUUUGUAACUCAAAGCUACUUUAUAAAUAAAAGUAUUGUUGCAAUUUAAGAAUCUAUAUUAA